AUGCCCGGCGACGAUAACUCGAUCUUAACAACGACGACGACGCACCUCCAGGCCAUAUUCACUCCGCUUCUCGCUCGAUUGUUCCCCUCGUUGACGACAUCAUUUCCCAUUGUUCGCCGGACCAACUCUAAUACUCUUGUUUACACCGUUGCCGCUGCCACCGCGUGCUUAAUCUACAUCUUUGGACCCGCAGCUCUCCGACUCAUUACCUCCGUGACGUCUUUUAUUUUUUCUCCCUUUAUUACCUCCUCAAGCACAAUGCGCUGGCCGCGCGCCAAAAAACGUGAAGGUAAACAUACCGUGGGCCUGGUCAACCGGGCCAACGACUGCUUUGCAAAUUCAAACUUACAGGCCCUCGGCGCGCUUCCAAGCUUAUAUACAUACUUGGUUGAGCUGCUGGAUGUUCCGCGCCCCCCACCGGAAGCUUACCGGUUACUUGUAUCACGGACACUAACAGACGCCACAGAAACGGCAUCAAGACGAAGUGCAGGUGCCAACAUGACGGAGCCAGUUGAAAUCACAGGCGCUUUACGGCGAAUGGUGGCUGCAUUAAACGAACCAGUUCUCGAACAUAAGGAACUGGAUCCAUGGGAUUUCUUACAUUCUGUUGAGCGGUUUUAUAACUCACUUAUUUCGCGCGCUCAACAUGAUGCCCAUGAGCUAUUACUGCUGGUGCUCGAGACGCUCGAGACGGAACAGCUACGGCUGACGCGGUACUAUUCAGCACUGCGGGCUCAGACAAAAGAUAAAGAGGAACAGGAGAAGCUGGAUAAGGUGAUUGCAAGUAUCCCCAAGUUCCCAUUUAAAGGCUCGACUCGCGAUCAAAUCACGUGCUCGCGGUGCGGGUACGUCCCGACCACAGCACCGUCGCCAUUUGCCGUUCUAUCGCUAAUGGUGCCACAGCGCGCACGUGCAACUCUCCCUGAUCUGUUAGUGGACUUUGCAGCUCCAGAAUAUAUCCAAGACUAUGGGUGUGCACGGUGUCGUGUGGGAGCACUGAUUCAGCGGUCCCAAGUAUCAGGAGAUGAAGCCUUGGUAGCUGCGCUAAAGCCAUAUUCUGAAGACCCAUCGCAUUUGCCUGAAGAGCUAGAGGCACGGUUACCACGCGAUGUCACGAGCGCAAUUGCAAAGUCCACACAGUUUCAUCGACUACCUCAAGUACUUGCCAUUCACCUAUCGCGGUCCAUUUACGGUGGGUUUGGCGCGUCGCGCAAUUCGUGUAAAGUCAGUGUGCCAGAACGAUUAGAGUUGUAUGAGGACUAUACUGCGGAAGAAGAUAAGCUGCGAGCCAUGAUGGGAGCUCAGCGGCGGGUGGAAUAUGAACUUGCGGCCAUGAUUCGACACAAGGGCACGCAUUACGCUGGACAUUAUGAGUGUUUCCGGAGGAAGAACCUGACAUGGUGGAGGUCGCAUUUGGAGAGCCAACAAGACAGAGGGCAAGAUGCAGCAACAAGAAGGGAAAAUGGCAGCAUGGAAGAUUUAAAGAAUAAAAAUAAAACCGAUGACUCGGGCGAUAUCAAUGAGUUGGACAGAUUGCCAUACCCACAACAGAGAUCGGCGCAGGUGUCUCCGGCAGUAGUUACAGCUAAGACACAUACACAUGAUGCUACGCCCUCUGCACCAUCUUCGUCACAGCCGGCGACUCCCUUAUCUGCGGAAGCUUCAGAUUCUGGGCGCUCGCCUGUAUCUUCAUCAUCAUCGUCAUCUUCAUGGCUGUUUAGUUUUCUUGGAGGUCCUUCUCCUGCUUCUGGUCAAUCACCAUCACCAUCGCCGCCUCUUUCGAGCUCAGCAUCAUUACCUAGUGAUGGGGCAGUGACUAUUACUGGAGAAGAUGGAGAGUAUGAGGUGCUUCCUGCGUCUCCACAACAUGGGUGGUGGCAAGUGUCUGAUGACAAGGUUUGGGAGCGAAGUGUAAGGGAAGUAUUAAGAGAAGAAAGUGGAGCUUAUUUGUUAUUUUAUGAACGGGUUGAAAGUAACAACAACAGCAGCAGUAGUAGUAAUGGUAAUUGCAGUAGCAAUGGAGUUGGGAAGCGUCGGAAAAGGUGA